AUGAAGAAUCCAGAUAACAAACAUAUCGGUGAUCAGCAAAUUUUAUCACAAAAAUUCAGUCAAUUAUUGAACAAAGAUGUCCGUGCCAAUGACGAACAUCGUAAUGAAGAUGAGGAAAUUCAUUGUCAUAAUAAACGUCCAUUACAGACAUUGUCACCUGAAGAAACGGAACGAAAAAAAUUCCGGCAAUGGUAUGACAAUGACCAUGAAGAAUCUGAAGAACAUCCAAUGUCGGGCUAUUUUAACAGGUUAAACGAUAUAUUUGAAAAAAUGAUGACACAUCAGAUGCUUCAAAAUCAAACUCAUUUAUCCAUCAAUGAUCUACAUGAAUUGGCUAUUCUUCAACAUAGAAUAGCAAUGAUUGAAAUCGAUAAAAAACUUUGGACAUUCUAUUUAAAAUUAGGUACAGGUCAAUGUGACAUUUUAGAAAAUAAUAUUACUGAAGUGGAUCCGUGUAUAUGGCCUACGGCAGUAAGAAAAAUGCGUACAAACCCACCCAAUACCACCAAUUCGAAUGGUCAAAUAAUUAAAGAAAAAUCCUAUGAAGCUAUCGUCUACGAUCAUUUAGAAAAUUUAAAUGAAAAAAUCGAAUUCUAUUCAGCCGAAUAUUAUGAAAAGAGACUUUUGCUCAUUCACUUCAAUGAUGCAAUCGAGAAAGGCAUUCAAACAUUUGUUCAAACAUACAGUAUCGUACCUUUUGAAAUGAAAUUUAAUUAUAAAGUAAAAAUUUUAACCUAUAAUUAUACUGAUCAAUUACUUGAACGUGACUAUUUCCGAAGAAAAACAAACGACAAUCAAAUCAAGCUUGCACAACACCUUUAUGAUUCGAGAUCUGCCUAUGUACAAGCUAAACGAGAAUUAAUUCAAUUAAAACAUCGCAUUCUUUGUAAUAAACCAACACAAAUGAUUUAUGGAAGAGCCUUAUCUAUGUUUAGUACACAGCCAUUGUUAUCGAACAUGGAUGCUCAAAGCUAUCAACGAAACAUCGAUCAAGAAGAAAAAGAAUUACAAAAUAAAAUGACUGAUCUAACGAUUGAAUGUAUAAUUGAAAUGGAAAAUAAAAUUCUUCAAUGUCGAGCAACACUACAUAAAGCUAUUCAAGAAAUUUCUACCAAUGAUAAAGAAUUUCCAACAGAUUUAAUGGAUAUCAUUCAUCGACGGGUCGAUAUUAUCAAUAAGAAAGUGGAAUAUUGUUCCAAUUUUAGAAUUCAGUAUUGUUUACAUCAUAAUUACACCGAUUUACCAGAUUCGUUUGCUAUACCCAGUCAUUGUUUUUCACCAACUAUGAUUAUUGGUACAGCAGUACAUCUACUGACUAAAGAACAAUUACAAUUAUUGAAUCGUGGACCGACUUAUGUUCCGCCCUAUCAAAUGUAUGUCUCAUCUACGAAUGGAUCUCUAGAAGAGAUCAUUAAAAAACAAUUUAAAUCAUUACAAUAUGAUUUAAAUAAUUUAUUCACCAAACGUCAAGUAAACAUGGCUGUAUCUGCCAUGAUCAAACAGGACAUUAACAAGUUAUUUACUGAUACUUUUUCUAUCUCAUUACCGAAUUCACUACGCCGACGUGCUCUCUAUGAACAGUAUUUGAUAGAAACUAUUCGUCAACAUUUGAAAGACUAUGAUUUAAUCUUACGGCGAACAGCGGAUCAAGAAAAUGUGUUCUAUCUUGCUUAUCGAACUGAAUUUGAACAGAAAACAACUGAAUUUAUGACUGAAACAGAUAUUUUUCAGUUAUGUCAUAUAAUUGACGAGAAAAAUCUGCGAGCAACACGGGAUUUUCUAACAACAAAAAUAAAGUCGAUAAAUGAGCGAGUACAAACUAUUUUUUCUAAAGAGGAAUACAAAAAAAUGCAAGAAAAAUUAUAUGUUACGAUCGAUAAAGUGAAAUUACCUUAUUUAUAUUUUUUACCACAUCUUUCACGGAAUGCCCAGGAACUCUUGGUACAGCCUGUAAUUACAUCCACACAUAGUGCAACGGCACUAUUAGCACGUUUUCUAGAUGACUUAUUACGAACAUCGGUACAAAUGGAAUUAGAUUCGACUACAUUUCAUAAUGGAACUGAUUUUAUUCGAAAAUUAAAUGAUUAUGUAGAACAACCUGCACAUCAUCUUCGGUCGACAACCAUGUUUGUGACGAUGACUAUUCGUAAUUUCUAUGCAAUGGUAGAUCAUGAUACGUGGCUUUUUGCCUUUCAGGAUUUUUUAAAUAGUCCUUGUCGAAUGCCAACCAUACAAGGCAUAUCACUCGCCAAGGUUUAUCAAUUAACUACUUUAUUUCUACGAAAUAAUCUGUUUUAUUAUGAUCACAAAAUUUAUCGUUUUUCAAAAGGGAGUCCAUUUCAUUUUCCAAUUACGGAAACCUUAGCAUUAAUCUAUAUACUACGUUGGUUCAAAUCGUUAUUUAGAAAAUCUGUCUUAGAAAAAGAAUUUUAUGGUCGUCGUGUCUAUCACGAUGCCUCUACCGUACAAAAAUAUACACUACCGUAUGUCGUUGGUAAUUCAAAAAUGGCACAUAGUCACUGGCUUCGUUCAUCUCUUAUUCGAGCAGUUCGUUAUUGUACGUCUGUGAAUGAUUUUAAUCAAGAACGUAUCUAUCUUGAAGUGAGCUGUUUAGCAAAUGGUUAUUCCUUAGAAUUUAUUGAAAAACAUAUCGAUCAUUUCUUUACACAUUUUGAUGCUGUCUCUUUACGUUCUGUUCUGGAUCAACAAGUAUAUAUGAAACUUCGUCAUCGUUUAUUUAAUUUUGUUAGUGAACAACGUCAGAUCUUUAGAAUGAAUAAAGAAUUAGAAGAGCAAAAUCAACGUUUUCAUUUGUCAUAUUUAUGUGAGUACGGUCCCAAACAGAAAUUUAAUGAAGAACUACAGAAAAUGUUAUCAAAAAGUUUAAAUUCUUCAAAAAAAUCGGCGAAAAUGAAUACGAUAAAUCUGCGAUUUACGACUCAAUCGUCAUAUUCAUUAAAUGCAUUCUUAGGCAAACAAAAACCAUAUCAUCCAUUAUUCUAUGAAAAGAAACUAUGA